AUGUCCGACCAAUACGACCAGGAUAAGUUGGCCGAAAACCUUCAAAAUUCCUCCAUUGGUGGUGAGCAGAAGCAAGGCCAACAACGGUACCAAACACUGUCUUUCAAUGCUGGUAACACCAACACCUUUGUUCCUCAACAGGGGUACCAAGCAUACAAUGACCAGUACAAUUUCCAAGGCCAAUACCAACAGUACAAUCAGUAUAAUGCUCAAGGUGGUCAGCAAUUCAACCAAGGUGGCUACAACCAAGCCUAUAGCCAAGGAGGUUACAACCAAAACUACAACCAGAACUACAACAAUAGAGGUGGUUAUAACAACAGAGGUGGUUACAGUAACAGUAACAGAGGUGGCUACAACAACUACAACAACAAUUAUAAUAACUACAGCCAACAACAACAACAAUCACAAGGUGGUCAAGCUAUGUCAUUGGCUGAUUUCCAAAAGCAGCAACAAGCCAGUCAAGCUGCCUUGAAUGAAAAACCUAAGAGAAAGUUGAAAUUGGCUUCUACUUCCGGUAUUAAGAUUGGUAAUAAGCCAGUUGCUGCUGCCAAAAAGGAAGAAUCUCCAGCUCCUCAAGUCAAGGAAGAAACUGCUUCAACUGAAGAAUCCAAACCAGCCACCCCUGCUCCAGAAGCACCAAAUAAAGCUGCCACUCCUGCCCCAGAAGCACCAAAUAAAGCCGCAACUCCUGCUCCAGAAGUACCAAAGAAGUCUGCAACUCCUGCUUCUGAAGAACCAAAGAAGAAAACUACUUCAGCUACUCCUGCUGCCUCAGCUAGUGUUCCAGCUUUAGCUUCAAAUGCAGAUCAAUUGGUCAAGGAACAAGAAGAAGAAGUGGAUGAAGAACUUAUUAACGAAAUGUUUGGAGGUAAAGAACAUAUGUCUAUUAUUUUCAUGGGUCAUGUUGAUGCUGGUAAGUCCACAAUGGGUGGUAACAUUUUGUACUUGACAGGAUCUGUCGAUAAGAGAACAGUUGAAAAAUACGAAAGAGAAGCAAAGGAUGCUGGUAGACAAGGUUGGUAUUUGUCAUGGGUCAUGGAUACCAAUAAGGAAGAAAGAAAUGAUGGUAAGACCAUUGAAGUUGGUAAAGCCUACUUUGAAACUGAGAAGAGAAGAUACACCAUUUUGGAUGCUCCGGGCCACAAGUUAUAUAUUUCCGAAAUGAUUGGUGGUGCUUCUCAAGCAGAUGUUGGUAUCUUAGUUAUUUCUGCAAGAAAGGGUGAAUAUGAAACCGGUUUUGAAAAGGGAGGACAAACCAGAGAACAUGCAUUGUUGGCUAAGACUCAAGGCGUUAACAAGAUUAUCGUUGUUGUCAAUAAGAUGGACGAUCCUACUGUCAACUGGUCCAAGGAAAGAUACACAGAAUGUACUACCAAGUUGGGUCAAUAUUUGAAAGGACUCGGAUAUGCUAAAGAAGAUAUCAUUUACAUGCCCGUUUCAGGUUAUACUGGUGCUGGUUUGAAAGACCGUGUCAAUGCUAAAGACUGUCCUUGGUAUGAAGGUCCCGCUUUAUUAGAAUUUUUAGAUAACAUGAAGCUUGACGAACGUAAAGUCAAUGGGCCAUUCAUGUUGCCUGUUGCUGGUAAGAUGAAGGAUAUGGGAACUGUUGUUGAAGGGAAGGUUGAAUCAGGACACGUUGCCAAGGGCUCCAAGUUAUUGAUGAUGCCUAACAAAGAUACUAUUGAAGUAUUAACUAUAUACAAUGAAACUGAACAAGAAGCCGACAAUGCCUACUGUGGAGAACAAGUUAGAUUGAAGAUCAAGGGUAUUGAAGAAGAAGAUAUUCAACCAGGUUUUGUCAUAACUUCAUUGAAGAACCCUGUUAACACUGCAGUUAAGUUUGAAGCUAUCGUUGCUAUUGUUGAAUUACGUUCUAUUUUAUCAAAUGGUUUCUCCUGUGUUAUGCACUUACAUACAGCCAUUGAAGAAGUUAAGAUUGUUGAAUUGAAACACAAAUUGGAGAAGGGUACUAACAGAAAGUCCAAGAAACCACCAGCAUUUGCUAAGAAGGGAAUGAAGGUUGUGGCUAUUUUGGAAACCAGUGAGCCAGUUUGCGUUGAAAGAUUUAAAGAUUACCCUCCAUUAGGUAGAUUUACUUUGAGAGAUCAAGGUACUACAAUUGCAAUUGGUAAGAUCACUAAGCUUCUCAAUUAA